AUGUGCGCAGUAAUUGCUCUAGUCACAUUGAUUACCGUAUAUACACACCGCAUAUUACCUUUUACGCAGCCAUCGAAAUUACCUUCUUUACUUCUAUUUGCGUCAUCCGCCUCUACAAUUAGCGAUUCUUCGUCUUUGGGUGAUCAAACACUAAUAACUGAAGGUUUUCAUACAUUUCUAUCAAGUUCAAAUGAAGAACAAGAACAAUAUGUGAUGCACAUCCCUAUCUAUAAAAGCGAAGAAAAGGAACAAAUUGUCUCGAUUAAUUGGAUUCCUUGA